AUGCUGCACCCCCGGCGCCCCCAGCCCGCCUUUCCUUCGCCGUGGGUCUGCGAGCCUCGAGCCGCGAGUCACAGCUUUCGCAGUCGCAGGGCUCUUAGAGGCCGGUUCGGAUCGAGGCGCUCGUGGACACGGUUUCCAGUUUUGCCCCGCAGUCACAAGGGCUGCAAGCUCGCUAGCAAAACGAGGAAGAAACGGUUUUCACUCCUGUGUGAUCACCUGAUUCCAGGCCCUGGGACUUUACGGGAACCACCAGACACUGGGAGGUGUGCAAAAAAAGUCAUAAAGAAGGCGUCGCAGCCGGUCCGUCUGUCCAUCUGUCCGCCCACCCACCCACCUCCGUGCACAUUCAGCCCGGCAGGCAAGAAACCCAGCCGCAGAGCCGGAGCCGGGAUGAGCCAGGCCACUGCUACCUGCCCUCCUGCAGCCCCCGUGACACGGUCCAUUAUUUAUGCAGCUCUGCGUGGAGGUCUGAGCUGCAAACACAGGCUUUGGAGCCAAAGGAGGAGUGAUACCAUUUUACCAUCCAUUGCACCAAUGCAUCAAUCCGAAAAGAAAGUUCCAGGAGAAACAGGGAGGAACACAAGGAAAUGUCCUUUUCCUGGACAUUUAAUGUUCUGGGAUGCCAACUACAAGGUCUAAAGCAAACAGUGAGUGGCAGUCACUUCCCAGUGAACACGUCUCCUGUCUAAGAAUUGAAAACACACUCGAGAGCGUCUCCCGGUCUCGAAUUCUUGUUGUAAGUGCUCCUGGCAUCUCUGUCCUUUCAGCACUUACUUUAGUUGGCAACGCAAUGUUUUUCUUUCUUUUUUUAGAAUAUUCCUCUCAGGAGGCUCCAAGCUCUAGGCUAGGACCUGAGAACAGCAUGUUUGGAGAGCCUGAUUACACACUGGGGAGAUGAAGGAUAACACGGACCGGGAAGGGUCUGGCUGAAAGCUCAUGGACUGGGGCCAAAGCCCUUUGCGGUUUUCUGCUCCAUGCACUAAACAUAUAUUCUUGGAGCUGCUGCUGAACUCUGCAGAGAUCUGUGUGGAAGAAGCCGUGUUUUGCCUCACAGAACAAGGAAGAUGAAGGGGGUAACGUGGUGGGUCUGUUUGCCGCAGAGCUUCGUAAGUCUCCCAGCUAUAUGCGAGUGGAAGGAGAAGCAAAUUCAUGAGCUGCAGCACCGUCCCCUCACAUCGGCUCUCCAAACACAGGCAGAAAAUCUCCAAAGGGGCUGAGAAGCUUAGUGUUUUAAUUUGCCUGUUUUACUUUGUUUUG